CCAACUUGAUAUCUUAUUUUUAAAAAUAAAUCGACCGGUCGGAUCGGAUCUCUCCAAACCCAGUUCUUAACAAAGUCGCCUGGUGAAGGUUAGAGGUUGGUCAUUGGCGGUGCGGGUGCUAUGGAAGAAACCAUAGAGGCAUAGACUCGACAGACCGGGAAAGUGGAGAGACUGGUUCAAGUUGACCCUGCAACCUUAAUUCUUGUACCCCAACCAACCCCAUUUUCGGAGACUUUGAUAUUUGCCAUCUCCCUUACUUUUUUCUCUUUCUCUUGGUUCUAAACUUCUCCAAGAUCUCGUGCAUUUCGGAGGUUGUAAGACUUUGAAGACUCAUCCAUAUGGCGGACCCGCAAUCGAGAUACGUUAAGUUGACAAAAGAUCAGGCGCCUUUAGAGGAUAUCCGACCUGGUGAACUUAAUCAGCCCAUUGAUGUUCCUCAGUUGCAUGUCCGAAAGUGCACUGAAUGUGGACAGCCUUUACCUGAAAACUUUGAGCCUCCUGCUGUUGAACCUUGGACAACUGGAAUUUUUGGCUGUGCUGAAGAUAGAGAAAGUUGCUGGACGGGACUGUUUUGUCCAUGUGUUCUAUUUGGACGUAAUAUUGAGAACUUGAGAGAUGAUACCCCUUGGACUACACCAUGCAUUUGCCAUGCUAUUUGUGUUGAAGGUGGCAUUGCAUUGGCAGCUGCAACAGCGGUCUUCCAUGGUAUUGACCCGAAGGCAUCAUUUCUCAUUUGUGAGGGUUUGUUGUUUGCUUGGUGGAUGUGUGGAAUAUAUACUGGUCUUGCUCGGCAAUCCUUACAGAAAAAGUAUCAUCUCAAGAACUCGCCCUGUGACCCGUGCAUGGUGCACUGCUGCACGCACUGGUGUGCUUUGUGCCAGGAGCAUAGAGAGAUGAAGGGUCGUCUAUCAGAUAACUUUGUCAUGCCAAUGACUAUUGUCAACCCGCCUCCUGUUCAAGAGAUGAGCUCUGCCGGUGAAAACCAGGAUUCAACACCACCCUCUGGAACUAGCACAAACUUGGAGAUGUAAGCUUUCUAAAGAUCUUCCAUUCUUCGUACAAAAGGCAUUUUGGUGAAUGAUUUUCGCCAUGGAGGGAUUUCAUUUUCAUAUUCUUGUCUUGUUUCUCAGUAGCAUUGGCUAGUCUUCAUACAGAACUCUUCCAUACUCUCUGCAUACUGAAUCUAUUAUCAACUUUUUGCUCAACUCCCUGAUCAGUGAGGCAUUUUAUUAGAUAUAUACAGAUAUUGUCACUUCAAAGUUAUUUGCUUCAUUGUACAGAUGUUGCAAUUUUAAUAUAAAAAAGUACUCUGUUUAUGAUCAAC